CCACUCGCCUUGAGGCAAUUGAGGAACCUCUUGAAAAGAUAUGGGGUCACUUUGGUGAAUCAACAUUUGGCAAGAACUAUGCUGCAAGCAAUGGUGUCUUGGUCACUGAUGUUGGCAAUCAGGUGGCUUACCGGAUGAUACUGGAGUGUAAAAAUGAAAUUGGGACUGGUGGUAGUGACCCAACUCUUCAAAUGUCCAUAUCCUAUCGUGGCUAUUGGUCUCAGGGAGAUUCCCAAAGUAUUAGAGACAUUUGUUGCUGCCCAACAUUUGGGAUUGCCAUUGCUGGGCCCUGGAUGUGCAUUCUUGGAGCUGUCUUUCUUGACAAAGCUGUAAUACAACCAUUGACACCUUUCAUCCCCCUAAAUAUAACACCCCCUGAUGACACAUCUCUUGAUUACAUUGCCCGAAUCCUUGAGGCACUACGCCUUUCAUUUACCACAUUAGACAACUUUUACAGAGGCUUGGCCAAUUCUAAUAAUGAUGGACAACAGCGAUAUUUCCCACAUUUUCGAGAAUUUACAAAUUCAGUUGGCACACAGACUCCUUUCACAUACAUUUCCCAGUUAGCAGAGCCAACAAGACUAGUAUGGAAGGCAAAAACUACACAUGAUCAACAUUUGAUUGUUGUGAAGUUUAUGCAAAGGUAUAAUAAUACUGCACAUGCCCUUUGUGCCAGAAAUCAACUUGCACCUACAUUGCUUUAUUUUGGAGAUGGUGUUGAGAUGCUUGCAGGAUUCCAUGUUGUGAUUAUGGAUUAUAUUGAUCAUCAGCCACUGCAACCUAAUGAGAUCCAAAACUUGGUCUCCCGAAGGAAUAUAUACAAUGAUGUGUUGCAGGCUGUCACCUUGCUUCACAAUGAACAAUAUGUAUUUGCAGAUCUCCGCAAUCCAAACAUUCUGGUAUAUACUACAAAUGGAGCUCAGCACUCAAUGCUGAUUGAUUUCAACUGGUGUGGGACUGAUGGCAAAGACACUUAUCCCCUAUCUUUGAGUCGCAAGAUCCCAUGGCCAAAUGGAGUGCAGCCUGGUGGUCUCCUUAGUAAGACUCAUGAUCUCACUUGGCUAGAUGUAUUGCGGAGAGGUUUAAAACUCACAAAUGAUUUCCCUGAUCCAACCAUAACAUCUUGA